CUUCGUGCUGGCCCGCGGAGCGUGCGCCGGCGGCGGAAGCGGCUGUCCUAGGUCGAGCGGGCAGGAGGAGGCUUGCGGGCCUCAUGGCAGGAGCUCCGGGCGGCGGCGAGCUCGGCCCUGCGGCUGGCGAGCCACUGCUGCAGCGACCCGACUCUGGCCAGGGCUCGCCUGAGCCGCCGGCCCACGGGAAGCCCCAGCAGGGCUUCCUCUCCAGCCUCUUCACCCGGGACCAGAGUUGUCCGCUCAUGCUCCAGAAGACGCUGGAUACCAAUCCAUAUGUCAAACUUCUACUUGAUGCUAUGAAACACUCAGGUUGUGCUGUGAACAGGGGAAGACACUUUUCCUGCGAAGUCUGCGAUGGAAACGUCAGCGGAGGCUUUGAUGCGUCUACGUCUCAGAUUGUUUUGUGCGAGAAUAACAUCCGGAAUCAGGCGCACAUGGGCAGGGUCGUCACCCACGAGCUCAUUCACGCGUUUGACCACUGCCGGGCUCACGUCCACUGGUUCACCAACAUCAGACAUCUGGCGUGCUCGGAGAUUCGAGCCGCAAGCCUCAGCGGGGACUGCUCCCUUGUGAACGAACUCUUCAGGCUGCGUUUUGGAUUAAAGCAACAUCAUCAGAGGGAAGAAACAGGCACAGUUCAUAAACUGGACAAAGCAGGACAAAACCCCAGCAAUGUAAAUAACUCAUCAUCUGAUGUUUGGGAUGCAGCCAUGAUCUUCUGGCCGCCACAGGGCCCGCGUCACGUCUCCAGCUCUGCCCUCCGCAGCACACAGCUUGUCUUCUCGGCUCCAGCUGGCUCCACUCCACUGUCGCUGCUGUUCUUAGAGGCCAUCCUGUGGUCCUGGCAUCUCCAAAAUGCUGGGACUUCCUACUGCACCUGGGCUGCACUUUCACAGUAACCCUUCUUGGGCUAUCUUCAUGUCAGAGUCUCAGUUUUCUCCAUAGCCCCUCAGUUCUGGGGACUCCACUGCCUCUGAGGCUGUACCUUCAAAAGUGACCUCUCCCGGCCUCUCACAGUGCCAAGCCUCAGCUGCUCUCCAUGACCCCUUCAUGCCUUCAGAAUCAGUACCACCUGGGUGACUCUUACACAUGACCAAGUCUGGCUGCCAGCGCGACGUACAACCUUGGCCACCUCUGCACACAGCUGACUCCCAGGAAACACUUCCCAGAAGAUUUCACCUCAGUGGUUCUGGUCUCAUGUUAAUCACAGCUGAUUCUUCAGCCUCAGCUGACUGGAACCACAGAAUCUUAAAUUGAAAUAGCAAACAGCCCUGAUGGAGUCUUUAAACUUCCUCUGAAACACCAUAGCCAGGCUCGUUCCAUCUGCACAGCUCUCAACAUCCUUCAGGCUCCUACGGAAUAUCUCACUGAGCCCCCAACACUCGAUGGCUCUUCUAGCCCAAAGUUCCAAAGUCCUUCCACAGCCCUCCGCAUUACAACAUGGUCAGGUCUGUCACAGCGAUGUCCCACUACUUUGAUAUGAAUUUGUUUUAGUUUGGAUUAAUAUUGCUAGGAUGAAACACCAAAACCAAAAGCCAAGUUGGGGAGGAAAGGAUUUAUUUGGCUUAUAUUUCAUAUCUGUAGCUCAUCACUGAAGGAAGUCAAGUUAGAUAAGCUGGAGGCAGGAGCUGAUGGCAGAGGUUUUUUGAGACCGGGGUUUCUCUGUGUGGCUCUGGCUGUCCUGGAACUUCCUCUGUAGAUCGGGCUUGCAGAGAUGCCUCCGCCUCCGCCUCCGCCUCCGCCUCCGCCUCCGCCUCCGGCCUUCCGAGUGCUGGGAUCUAAAGGUGUGUGCUACCACGGCCUGGCAAGGAGGAGUUCAGACCAAUUGUGGCCUGCCACUGAACCAUCUGAAGCUUCCACAUCUGUGCUUUUUGGGGGAGGGGAACAGGGUCUCGCUGUGUAUCUUGCACUGUCCUUUGGCGCAUGGGCAUUUCCAGCUCAAGUGAUGAGGUGGAGGUAAAACUAGGAAAGCAGAAUAUUGGUGCUUAUCAUCAAAACCGCUGUUUAUCUUUCAUUUGUUCCUUCUUUUGAGACUAGGUCUUCUGAUGUUGGUUUUCUUCCCCUGGGCUCAGGCUCAGUCUGCAUCAGCCUCGAGGUGGCGGGAACAGAGGAGUGUCUCCACACAGGCCGUUGCUUUUACUUUUAAUUUUGAGAGACAGUCUUGUCAUAUAGCCGGGCUGGCCUGAAUUUGGUCCUCAGGCCUCCUGAGCACUGGUUUUGAAAGCUUGGGUCGCCAUGCCUGCUUUGAUAAUCUUUAAUGGAUGGGUCACAUACCAUUCUUUGGAAUUUCAGUUUGGAGAAGAGAUGAUAUUCCUUUGAUUAUCUUAGUUAGGGUUUCACUGCUGUGAAGAGACACCAUGACCAAGGCAAGUUUUAUAAGACAACAUUCAAUUGGGGCUGGCUUACAGGUCCAGGCAGUUCAUUAUCAUCAAGGUGGAGCAUGGCAGUGUCCAGGCAGAGGUGGGGCUGGAGGAGCUGAGAGCCCCACCUCUUGUUCCUAAGGCUGCUAGUGGAAAAUUGACUUCCAGGCAGCUAGGAUGAAGGUCUUAAAGCCCACCCCACAGAGACACACCCACUCCAACAAGGCCACGCCUCCUAACAGUGGGCCAAGCUUAUUCAAACCACCACAGUUAUCUUUAAUGGAUAUUCUUUUGAGUUUUAGUUAGGAAAAGAGAGAAAUAAGGAUUUUAAAAGCCCUCUAGGCAUUGAAAUGGCGGGGUCCUUACGUUUCUUAAAACAUGGAAGUUUUAAGAUCAACAGAUUUAAGAUAUUAGACAAGUUAUUCUCAUAGCAAAACUGAGACCUAUGAAAAGAUUAUGUUUAAUUUUUCUUUCUGCCUAAAACCAGAGGCACCUUUUAAGUCUGAGUGUCUGUGAAUAGUUUCCUGUUGCCUCAGGAUAAGUAGCAAAAAGUUAAUCUAUCACCAGUCAGCUGAAAAAUUAUGAAGGAGAGGUGUGGAAGUGAAGUAUAUUUUAUUUUUUUAAAAAGAUAGGUUUUAUUUUGGUUACAUGUAUUUGUGACUGUGUGUGGGCAUGUGCAUAUGAGUGUAGAUGCCUUUGGAGGCCAGAAGAGGGCAUCAGAUCCCCAGAGCUGGAGUUACACGUGUUGUGGGCUGCCCACCAUGGCCAUUGGAGAUUAAACUUGGGUCCUUUGGAACAGCAGGCAGCUCUCUUAACCACUGAGCCAUCUCUCCAGCUCCUUGAAACUUGUUUUCAAUUUAAUUAACCAAGAUCAUUCAGGACCUUGUCUACGGACUUUUUGUGAUUUUGCAAAGUGGGAAUUCAUAUUUGGCAGACACUGCCUGGUGCAUCAAAGGAUGACAUUGGCUAUAUUCCUGAGAAAAUAAGAAGUGGGGUCUUAUUUAUGCCCAAAUAGUUUUAGAGCAAACUGACAUGUUCCAUGGUUAGAGAAUUAUAUUUGUUAAUUUUAUUUUAAUUUUUAGAAUGGCAGAAAGUAAUAAAAAAGAACAGGAGGAAAAGUGAAUCUCUAUGACUUAUUUUUGCUUUAUUUUAUAUGCUUUAGUGUUUCGAUGGCAUGUCUGUCUGUGUCAGGGUGUCAGAUUCCCUGGGACUGGAGUAUCAGACAGUUGUGCGUUGCCGUGUGGGUGCUGGGAAUUGAACCUAGGUCUUCUGGUAGAUGAGCCAUCUCGCCAGCCCUGGAGAAAUUAAUCUUAAUUUGGUUUAGGUAACAUGUGAUGAUAUCGAAUGAUUAAGUUUCACACACAGUUAAAGCCCUGGGCUUUCCUUCUCCGUAGACUUGCGUGCGGGACAGGGCUGUUCUCUCUAUCUUGGCUGUCCGGAACGUCAGCAGAGAGGAGGCCCAGAAGGCUGUGGAUGAAGUCUUCCAGACCUGUUUCAAUGACCGGGAGCCCUUCGGCAGGAUCCCACAUAACCAGACGUAUGCCAGAUACGCUCACAGGGACUUUCAGAACCGGGACCGCUACUACUCCAACAUAUGAAGAUGGUAGCCGCCUGUCAGGACCGUGAGGAACAUGGGGUUCUUCGGCACAGAAUGUAUAAAAUGUAAAUGGUCAGUUAGGGUCUACGCAUAAAGUGCAGAACGUGCUGAUUUUAGCGUUUGACUACAAAAAAUUGGACACGGCAGAAAGGAACUCCUUAAACUGCAGUGCAGAAAUGGAAUCUUCAGAGCUAAUCAUUAGUGAAAAAUGUAAAUAAAUGACAUUUUUGUAUUUUUUACAGUA